AUGAGCAAACUUACACUCAAGUUAAGAAAUAGUGCUGUUGCCAUACUGUGUUUAUUAUUAUGCAAUCAGUACCUACUUAACUUGGUAAGUGCAGCUGAAUUAACUACAACCACCACAACAACUAACUGGUUUCUGAAUACAGACUAUACGACUUCUAUAUCAUUAUCAGUUUUUGAAGGUGAAGAUGGCGAAGCCACUACUGAAACAAUUUAUGUAGUUCAGGCAUUUGAUUAUAAUUGGAUGGCAUAUUUUUCAACUUGGACGGGAAGUGUUACCUCUUGGUAUUCGGUAUCAUCAUAUGUCGAUGGUGAUUUCACACUGACAGAUUAUUAUAUUUACGUCCCAGUUGUAACUAAAGCAUCGGAAAUAUAUAGUCAAAAUACAGCCAAAACAACCAGUUCAUCAUAUUCGACUGAUUCAUCGGGCACAUUUGGUACUGAUUAUACGUCAACAUUAUUUUACACUUACUAUGUUGAAAUUCCUAUUGUUACUGUAGUAACGCAAACAUACGGUGCUGUCGACACAGAUGCUUCUGCAAGAUACACAAGCAAUACUCAAAUGCAGACUAUUAUAGGUACAGAUGGGUUUACCACUGUGGAAACGGUUUAUUAUAUCGCUGUUCCUUCUAAUCAACUACAAUUAACGACAAAAUAUGCAACAGUUGCCAGCCAAGAUAAGUCAUUGAUUGAUACCUAUUCAACUUCCUAUUCGUAUGUUGUAGGUGACGAUGGAUUAACUACUACCCAAACUGUGUAUUAUGUGGCGGUUCCUGAAUCAGUUUUACACAUUUCAGUAACAUCUACUCUAAUAUAUAGUUUUUCGGAUUAUACCAGAAUUACGUCUUCAUCCUAUUACUAUUAUACAGACGACACAGGAUUGACCACAACCGAAACGGUUUACUACGUAAUCUUACCAAGUGAUCUUGUUUACAGCACGGUAUCCUCAUUUGAUUGGUAUCUUACCGGAUCGAUAAGUACAACUACUAUAGACACAUCAUAUACCACGCUUGAAGAUAAAGCGGGUUUUACUUAUGUGAAAACAAUUUAUUAUGUUGCGGUAUCAAGUUCGAAUUACCUAGCCAACUUUGUACCUUGGACUGGUUCUGUAACCAGUUGGUUUUCUACUUCUUUAACAACGUUAUUUGGAUUUACUGCCACUCACAUUUUGAUAUAUGCCCCAACUUCAUAUGUUUAUUAUACAUUAAAAACCCAAGGGACCGAUUAUGGAACAGAUGCAUUCGAUAUCACCUACUCUGUUUCCACAAGUACAACUUAUUUUGGAUCAGAUUUUUAUUUCCACACUGAUAUAAUAUACUAUGUUCAAAUCCCCUAUUCUUCAGCUGUAACCACAUUAACUACUACGAGUAACUUUUCAGGAUCAGAAAAGUACACGGUUACAACUGAAAUCAAGACGGUAACAGGCGACGAUGGCUUACAGACCAUAGACACAACAUAUUAUGUUGCAAUUCCAACCAAUUUAUUACAUUAUACUACAACAGUUCCGUGGACUGCCACUUAUUCUACGACUUCGAGCUUUUUAACGGUUACAACAGGUGCAGAUGGUUCGUCUACUACGGGAACUUAUUAUUUGGUUCAAACACCAAUUAGAACCUUAGAAUCAACAUCUUAUUCGGGAUGGAGCAAUUCUUUCCAGACUACGGUCAACUCUAUAACAACCACAAUAAUCGGAGAUGAUGGUUUGGAAACCACAGAAACAAUAUACAUUGUUUAUAACCCAACAUACAUUUUCACAACUACUACUUACAUUGACGGCACGGUAACUGGAGACGUAACAGUCUCAACCAUUAGUAAUAUAUAUACGGGUGAAGAUGGAACCGAGACAACUGAAGUGAUUUUUAUCAUAAAGACUAGCACAACUGAAACGAACGAACAUCAGAGUACCGAAGAAUCGUCCCUCGCCACAAUAUCGACUGAAGAAACCAGUGUAAUACAACAUACCUCCGAAAAACAAACUUCAAUUACCGUUACUACAGAAUCUGCUACAGAAUCUUCUGAUCUCACCUCUGCUGACUCGUCAAUUGAAAGCACGUCAGCUGAGACGUCUGAAGAGUCGUCCAUUGAGUCUUCUGAGACCAGCUCCGCCGAAUCCUCUAUUGAAACCACGUCAGGCGAGACGUCUGAAGAGUCGUCCAUUGACUCUUAUGAGACCAGCUCCACCGAAUCCUCUAUUGAAAGCACGUCAGCUGAAACGUCUGAAGAGUCGUCCAUUGACUCUUAUGAGACCAGCUCCACCGAAUCCUCUAUUGAAAGCACGUCAGCUGAAACGUCUGAAGAGUCGUCCAUUGAGCCUUCUGAUGUCACCUCCGCUGACUUGUCAAUUGAAACCACGUCAGGCGAGACGUCUGAAGAGUGUCCAUUGAGUCUUCUGAUGUCACCUCCGCCUGACUUGUCAAUUGAAACCACGUCAGGCGAGACGUCUGAAGAGUCGUCCAUUGAGCCUUCUGAUGUCACCUCCGCUGACUUGUCAAUUGAAACCACGUCAGGCGAGACGUCUGAAGAGUCGUCUAUUGCGUCUUCCGAUGUCACCUCUGCUGACUCGUCAAUUGAAAGCACGUCAGCUGAGAGGUCUGAAGAGUCGUCCAUUGAGUCUUCCGAUGUCACCUCCGCUGACUUGUCAAUUGAAACCACGUCAGGCGAGACGUCUGAAGAGUCGUCCAUUGAGUCUUCCGAUGUCACCUCCGCUGACUUGUCAAUUGAAACCACGUCAGGCGAGACGUCUGAAGUGUCGUCUAUUGAGUCUUCUGAGACCAGCUCCGCCGAAUCCUCUAUUGAAACCACGUCAGGCGAGACGUCUGAAGAGUCGUCCAUUGAGUCUUCUGAGACCAGCUCCGCCGAAUCCUCUAUUGAAAGGACGUCAGCUGAGAGGUCUGAAGAGUCGUCCAUUGGGAGUUCCGAUGUCACCUCUGCUGACUCGUCAAUUGAAGGCACGUCAGCCGAGACGUCUGAAGAGUCGUCCAUUGAGUCUUAUGAGACCAGCUCCGCCGAAUCCUCUAUUGAAAGCACGUCAGCUGAGAGGUCUGAAGAGUCGUCCAUUGAGUCUUCUGAGACCAGCUCCGCCGAAUCCUCUAUUGAAAGCACGUCAGCUGAGACGUCUGAAGAGUCGUCUAUUGAGCCUUCUGAUGUCACCUCCGCUGACUUGUCAAUUGAAAGCACGUCAGCUGAGAGGUCUGAAGAGUCGUCCAUUGAGUCUUCUGAGACCAGCUCCGCCGAAUCCUCUAUUGUGAGCACGUCAGGCGAGACGUCUGAAGAGUCGUCCAUUGACUCUUAUGAGACCAGCUCCACCGAAUCCUCUAUUGAAAGCACGUCAGCUGAAACGUCUGAAGAGUCGUCCAUUGAGCCUUCUGAGACCAGCUCCACCGAAUCCUCUAUUGAAAGCACGUCAGCUGAGAGGUCUGAAGAGUCGUCCAUUGAGCCUUCUGAGACCAGCUCCGCCGAAUCCUCUAUUGAAACCACGUCAGGCGAGACGUCUGAAGAGUCGUCCAUUGAGUCUUCUGAUGUCACCUCCGCUGACUUGUCAAUUGAAACCACGUCAGGCGAGACGUCUGAAGAGUCGUCUAUUGCGUCUUCCGAUGUCACCUCUGCUGACUCGUCAAUUGAAAGCACGUCAGCUGAGAGGUCUGAAGAGUCGUCCAUUGAGUCUUCCGAUGUCACCUCUGCUGACUUGUCAAUUGAAACCACGUCAGGCGAGACGUCUGAAGUGUCGUCUAUUGAGUCUUCUGAGACCAGCUCCGCCGAAUCCUCUAUUGAAAGCACGUCAGCUGAGACGUCUGAAGAGUCGUCUAUUGGGCCUUAUGAGACCAGCUCCGCCGAAUCCUCUAUUGAAACCACGUCAGCUGAGACGUCUGAAGAGUCGUCCCUUGAGUCUUCUGAGACCAGCUCCGCCGAAUCCUCUAUUGAAAGCACGUCAGGCGAGACGUCUGAAGAGUCGUCCAUUGAGCCUUCUGAUGUCACCUCCGCUGACUUGUCAAUUGAAACCACGUCAGGCGAGACGUCUGAAGUGUCGUCUAUUGAGUCUUCUGAGACCAGCUCCGCCGAAUCCUCUAUUGAAAGCACGUCAGGCGAGACGUCUGAAGAGUCGUCCAUUGAAUCUUCCGAUGUCACCUCCGCUGACUUGUCAAUUGAAACCACGUCAGGCGAGACGUCUGAAGAGUCGUCCAUUGAGUCUUCUGAGACCAGCUCCGCCGAAUCCUCUAUUGAAAGCACGUCAGCUGAGACGUCUGAAGAGUCGUCCAUUGAGUCUUCUGAGACCAGCUCCGCCGAAUCCUCUAUUGAAACCACGUCAGGCGAGACUACUGAAAAGUCGUCCCUUGAGUCUUCUGAGACCAGCUCCGCCGAAUCCUCUAUUGAAAGCACGUCAGCUGAGAGGUCUGAAGAGUCGUCCAUUGACUCUUCCGAUGUCGCCUCCGCCGAAUCCUCUAUUGAAAGCACGUCAGCUGAGACGUCUGAAGAGUCGUCUAUAGAAUCUUCCGGUGUCACCUCCGCCGAAUCCUCUAUUGAAAGCACGUCAGGCGAGACGUCUGAAGAGUCG